UCAUACUUUCCAGUAUGGAGGCGAAGAACUUUGCAAUUUGGGAUUAUGUUGUAUUUGCAGCCCUCUUUUUCGUUUCCUCUGGAAUUGGGGUGUUCUUUGCCAUUAAGGAGAGGAAAAAGGCAACUUCCCGAGAGUUCCUGGUUGGGGGAAGGCAAAUGAGCUUUGGCCCUGUCGCCUUGUCUCUGACAGCCAGCUUCAUGUCAGCUGUCACGGUCCUGGGGACCCCUUCUGAAGUCUACCGCUUUGGAGCAUCCUUCACAGUCUUCUUCAUUGCUUAUCUAUUUGUCGUCAUCUUAACAUCAGAGCUCUUUCUCCCUGUGUUCUACAGAUCUGGUAUCACCAGCACUUAUGAGUACUUACAACUACGAUUCAACAAACCAGUUCGCUAUGCUGCCACAGUCAUCUACAUUGUACAGACGAUUCUCUACACAGGAGUGGUGGUGUAUGCUCCUGCCCUGGCACUCAAUCAAGUGACUGGGUUUGAUCUCUGGGGCUCUGUGUUUGCAACAGGAAUUGUUUGCACAUUCUACUGUACUCUGGGAGGAUUAAAAGCAGUGGUGUGGACAGAUGCAUUUCAGAUGGUUGUCAUGUUUGUGGGCUUCUUAACGGUUCUCAUUCAAGGAUCAACUCAUGCUGGUGGAUUCCACAAUGUAUUAGAGCAAUCAACAAAUGGAUCUCGACUGCAUAUAUUUGACUUUGAUGUAGAUCCUCUCAGGCGACACACUUUUUGGACUAUCACAGUGGGAGGAACUUUUACAUGGCUCGGAAUCUAUGGGGUCAAUCAAUCAACUAUUCAGCGAUGCAUCUCUUGCAAAACAGAAAAGCAUGCUAAGCUUGCCUUGUAUUUUAACUUGCUGGGUCUCUGGAUCAUUCUGGUGUGUGCUGUCUUCUCUGGCUUAAUCAUGUAUUCUCACUUCAAAGACUGUGACCCUUGGACUUCAGGCAUCAUCUCAGCACCAGACCAGCUGAUGCCGUACUUUGUCAUGGAGAUAUUUGCCACAAUGCCAGGACUGCCAGGACUUUUUGUGGCUUGUGCCUUCAGUGGAACUCUGAGCACCGUGGCUGCCAGCAUCAAUGCCUUGGCAACAGUGACCUUUGAGGAUUUUGUCAAGAGCUGUUUUCCCCAUCUCUCGGACAAGCUGAGCACCUGGAUCAGUAAAGGCUUAUGUCUCUUAUUUGGUGUGAUGUGUACCUCUAUGGCUGUGGCUGCAUCCGUCCUGGGAGGUGUUGUGCAGGCUUCCCUCAGCAUUCACGGCAUGUGCGGGGGACCAAUGCUGGGUUUAUUCUCCUUGGGAAUUUUGUUCCCUUUUGUGAACUGGAAGGGUGCACUAGGAGGUCUUCUUACUGGAAUCAUCUUGUCAUUUUGGGUGGCCAUUGGGGCCUUCAUUUACCCUGCACCAGCCUCUAAGACAUGGCCUUUGCCUCUAUCAACAGACCAAUGUAUCAAAUCAAAUGUGACAGCAACAGGGUCUCCAGUGCUAUCCAGCAGACCUGCAAUAGCUGAUACCUGGUACUCAAUCUCCUACCUUUACUACAGUGCAGUGGGCUGCCUAGGAUGCAUUGCUGCUGGAGUAAUCAUCAGCCUCCUAACAGGUUGCCAAAGAGGUGAGGAUAUUCAACCACUGUUAAUUAGACCAGUUUGUAAUUUAUUUUGCUUUUGGUCUAAGAAGUACAAAACACUAUGCUGGUGCGGAGUUCAGCAUGACAGUGGUACAGAGCAGGAAAACCUUGAGAAUGGCAGUGCCUGGAAACAAGGGGCUGAAUCUGUCUUACAGAACGGACUCAGGAGAGAAAGCCUGGUACAUGUUCCAGGCUAUGAUCCUAAGGACAAAAGUUACAACAAUAUGGCAUUUGAGAUUACCCAUUUCUAAGGCAAUACCUGUAUGAAUGCACACACACACAGACACACACAAUACCCACACACAAACACACAAACUCCACAUACUUCUUGCCUAUUUGUUAGUAGACUUGUAUAGUUGCUAUUGCUAGCAGACAGGGAUGUCUGCUGCCUAUUUGUACUUAUUUAUUACUACGUGCAAAAUACUGUUUCCCAGGAUAUUAUUUGAAAGACUCCAACUUUCACAGAGAAAAACCAACCUGCUCCAAAUGUCCUUGACUACUUCCUUCUUGAAUAAAUUAGGACUGGAUUUCAUCACCA